AAAAAGAUAGUAGUAGCUCAAGAAGAAUCUGGAAAGAAAAAAAAGAGUAGAACUCAACUCUCUCUUAGUCCAAAUUACGGCGAUUUUUCAUCUAAUCACAGAGAGUAAUUAUUAUACUUCUGAUUUUGGUUUUGUCUGUGAAUUUCUGAUUGUUUGUGAAGAUUUUAGUUCAUUUUUGAGCUGUUUAGAGGUUUGAUUUUGUGUAAAUCAAGAGAUUAAUCUUGAUUUGAAGAUGCAAAUAGAUCUAUUUGAGCAAGGAUAAGGAAGUAAUCAAAUGAAAGAUUGGUCUGAAUAUCAGCUUGAUGGUUUUGUAUGGGAUGAGUUUAAAGAGAGUGGUGACCAUAUAGUGCCUCAUCCCGGUAAUGAACAAAUCAAUCAUGGUACUCCUGGAAAAGAUUGUGGUAAGAAGCGGCUGAAUUCUACUAGGAACAUUUCAGAUAGGGAUUUAGAAAACAAGGAUAUGAGGUGUGCAACUGUAAAUGAAGCAAGGGGUCAGAUGCUGGAAAAUCAUUCUUGGUCUUGUCAUACUGAUUCUACCAAAGAAAUGGCUAGUUUAAGUGAUGGGAACUGUUUUAAUGGUAACAAUAAUGAUGCUAUGCUGGGAAAUAAUGGUGCCGCUGCUUCAGUUAAUGGAAGUCUGUCUCAAUUCACACUUGAUAUUUCAGCAGCAAACACUGACAUGGAACUUCUUGGUAAUGACCAUGAGGAGAAGGACAAUGGUUUUCUUUCUUAUUAUGGAUGGCCUGAUAUUGGCAAUUUUGAGGAUGUCGAUAACAUGUUCAGAACCUGUGAUUCUACGUUUGGUCAAGGAGACAUAACUACUGCUGGUGAUGAUUUCUCAUGGUUUCCACCAUCCUCGAAGGCAAUUGAUGGCUCUGAAGAUGCUCUCAAGUCAGGGUUCAAAUCUCCCUGUUCAAAUUUGAGCAAAGUGAAACCUGAGGAAGCGGAAUUCAAAUUCAUGCCUGUUACCGCUACUCAAGUGGUGAAUGAAACUGAUAAAAUCACCGUUCCCAAUGAUUACGCUAUGGGUUUACAGCCCAUGGAUGAUAGCGAUUAUGCUAAUCUGGGUUUCUCAUAUUGUAACAUGGUGGAUACGAAUGCUGAAUCCUCUAUGCCAAUGGAACAGGUCAAUUUUCAAGAAAAACAGGUACAUAACCACAACCAAAUCAAAGAGAAAAGAGUGGACAGUUCUUCGGAGCAAUUAAGUAGCUGUUCUUUUCAAAGUUCAUGCACAGCAGAACAAUUUCCAAAUCAGGUAGAAAGGCCAUCCAAUCCUUCUCUAAACGCUUCGUGUAUGAUGCUGGAAGAAAAGAGUCACUCACACCAGCAAACACUACCCACUUCUGAUGCUCAUCUUGCAGUCACGAAGCAGCUGCAGAACAUUCAAGAUAGAGAUCCAGAUUCUUCAUGUGUACUUGAAGGCUCUAGCAAUAACUCCAUGUCAACAGAUGAUAGCUCUCUAGAAGCCACUAGUUUCCGGCAGCUAAAUUAUGUCAUGGAACAGUUGGAUAUUAGAACAAAGCUAUGCAUCAGAGACAGUCUAUACCGCUUGGCAAGAAGUGCAGAGCAGAGAAACAACUUUGAAAACUCAAACAACUGUUUCGUGGAUGGUAGUGAUAGAAGUGAUGCACAGACAACUGGAGACACAAAUAAGAGCUUCAUGUUUAUGGACAUUGAGACAGACACAAACCCGAUAGAUCGUUCAAUAGCACAUUUACUUUUCCACAGACCUAAAGAUCCUGCAGAAGGUGCCAAAUUCACGGAGUUCCGUAGCAUAGGGUCUACUCAGCCUAUGGUGCCUGGGAAACUGGUUAGUCAGGAAGAAGUCCCUAGAGUGAUGGAUACAAAGCUGGUGUAUAAAAAUCGUUUUUAAGAAAAUUGUUAAGUUCCUAACUUAAUCACCGUGUACCAAGCCUGUAUCAGGCUUUACAUGAAAGCCUGAGGCUGUAUCCACCACUUCCUAUGAAUAGGAGAAUAGUUGUAAAUGAAGAUGUGCUCCCAAAUGGGACUGUUAGAAAGGAUCUUUAUAUCAAUGUAUGUAUUGGCAAAGUCAGGAAGAAGUCCCUAGAGUGAUGGAUACGGAUUUGGUGUAUAAAAUCACCAAGUUCUGAACUUAAUCACUGUGUACCCAGCCUGCAUUUUGAUGCUAGUUCUGCUUACCUAAAUACUCUUGAGUGUACAUUGAGAUGAGCGUAUUGUCUUUUUUAUAAUCACUGAAAGCUAUUUAAACAAAACCCAUCCGUCUCUCUA